CGAAACAUUUUCAUCAAGUGUCAGUAGGGUGUCAGCCAUCACUCGCAUAUAAUCUGCCAGGCUCAAGCUACCCUGGGUUGACCUACCUAUCAUACGUUACGUUGGUCGGAGUUUAAAAAUAUCUUUUUGCUUGCUCGACUUUGAAAUUUCCAUCUCUGCCAAUAUCGUUCAUCCCGUGUGUUCGUUAUCAACUUCCAAGACUAAAUAUGGCCAAUCCACGGCAGCGUCGUAAAGCUAAAUCAUCAUCGCACAAGACCGUGUCCCAUUCACGGCGUGCCCAGAGGCUCCUAAAGAAGAUGCCAGUGAUACGAGGUCCAAAAGCCCUGCAGGACGCUUGGGAUAAAUCAAAAACAGUUCACCAAAAUUAUGCUGCGCUAGGACUUCAGUUCGCUUUGACCCCAACGCAAUCAGGCGGAGCAGAACGGACGGUGAUCCCCCCAAAGGAUUCAGAUGGCGCUGGGUCGGCUUCUGCUACUCUUGAGUCCGGUUCUUCAACCAUACCCAGAGGGUUUGGAAGAAUUAUUCGAGACGAAUCUGGUGAUGUGAUACGAAUCGACCUUGCUGAAUCUGAAGAGAUGCAGGAAUCCGUAGAAAACAACGGGCUCCCGGAAGCGGAUGUAGAUGAGAAAACAAUGGAUGACUGGGUUGGUUGCCUGAAUAAAACACAGCAUCGGAAUGACACGAUGGAUGCACGCGGAUUGUCUUCGUCAUGUGCGCGGGGAACACAUCCGGUUGUUGUGCUGGAAAAACUGUCGGCCUCGGGCAGGGCACUUGCCCGACACUCGUCGUGUGGAGAAAGAACAUACCUUGCGCAUUUGAUCCAAAAAUAUGGCGAUAACUAUGAAAGGAUGGCGAUAGAUCGUCGUCUGAAUCCAGAACAAAAGACAGUGGGUGAACUAAGAAGGGCGAUUGGCAAAGCGGGCGGGAUUGAGUCAUUCUGCUGAUUGACAGAUUCAUGUGCGCACGUUACAUAUGUGAUGGCGCAAUACAAAACCUGUGGGUCUUGGUUGAGCGCGGUUUAACAAGCGCUCGGUGAGGUGGGGUACACCGAAGCCGAUAUUAGCUGAGUGACAGUGACAUUGCUUUGCAAUCAGACGGUCACAUCGGAACUUCGAAAAGCACCAAGGCUGUGUAGUGAGUAUGACCCAAUUUGAGUGAUACGUAUAGAUGCACCAUGCUGUUUUCUUGAAUGAAUUUCGUUAAGCAGG